AUGGCAGGUGGUAGUAGUAGUAGUAGCAGUACCAGUGCUAGCAAGAUCAUUGCGGUGUCGCUCUGUGUGACGGCGGUGCUUGGUCUUUGGUCAACAAUAGUGCCGCGUGUGUUUGGUCUCAUACCAGCACACACAUUCUCUGUUCAUAGCUACCCGUGGAAUGUUGUCAGUUACGUCUUUGUGGAGCCCAACAUUAUUCUCUGUGCAUGCAGCGUUGGGUUCAUGCUGACAAUUGGCGGGGCGGUGGAGGCUGCCGUGGGCACAUCUACAUUCAUGCAAUUAACGCUAGUGACGGCCCUGAUAACUUCCUUGAUUCUACUGGUGUUGAGUGCACUUCUCUAUCAAGUGGGCUUCUCGUGGUUUCUGCAGUGUUAUUGCGGUAUUUGGCCACUCGCCGCGGCUGUUCUGGUGCCGUGGGUCGCAAUAUCCCCAACGGCAAGUGCAGCGCCGCAGUUAAUUCCCACACAAGUGCAGCGGCGGCAUGUGCCCACCAUACUGCUCGCCUUUGCACUUAUCAUUGACUUGAUAUUUCGUAGAAAACAGAAAAUUAGUGAUGAGCAUAUUGAUAGUGAAACCAUCUUUCCAGGCAGUGUAUUCAUUCCCGCCUUUUUAGGUCUUUGCAGCUCAUGGAUGCUGCAGCGGCACUUCCACAUGAACACCCCAAUUGCCUUUCACGUGCUGCUGUACCCAAUCUUCUUGAGGUGUCUCUCAAACUUCACUGGAAACGGGGGCUCGCAGGGGAACGAAGGCGGCAACACCGGAUUUGUGGAGGGUGCCGUGACGAUUCCAGUCCUGCGCAGUGCCGCCAAUGUCACUCUACUGCCGGGAUCUACACAAGAGGAUGCGGAGCGACAUCGAUCGAUUGCAUUGGCAGCACUCAACUCACGUUUGCAGGAGGCACUUCCAGCUCGAUACGAUGAUGCGAAGAAACAACACAGUGUGGUUUGA